AAAAUGGCGUUGGUGACAGGAAAGAUUGAAAAGGUGUAAAUUUUGUUUCCUUUGCGGUGUACAGAUAUAAACUGAAAAAUGUUUAAGAAGAAAGGAAAGAAGAUAGAAAUCUCUACACCCUCUAACUUUGAACAUCGUGUGCAUACUGGUUUUGACAGGGAUCAAGGAAAAUAUGUAGGCCUCCCCCCACAAUGGACUGGUAUUAUCAUCCCAGAGGAAAAUGAUAGACGCAAACCUAUUGUAGAUCCCUCUACCAUCACCCAAACAGAGAUCCUCCCUCUAAAGACAAUUAUUCGAGGUCAUUCCACACAACAACUAAAUGGCUUUGCGCCAUCAGACACUAAAAUUUCUGUGGCACGGUCAAACUCCUUACGACAGGGUAGUCCACCCCCACAAAGACAGAGAUAUGUUCCUGACAACAUGUAUCCCCCAGUACCAGAGAAUGAAAUGCCUUCUCAGCGAGGAAUGCAAAAUCCUUAUGGACAGCGUCCAGGUUAUGGCCAACCACAGUACAGACAAGAUGGAGGCACUCUGAAUAGACAGGACCCACAAUAUGACAGGCGGUACCCACAGGACAAGGAUCCUCGUAGAGAAUAUAGAGAUCCUUGGGAUAGAGAUCCAAGGGAUGGGAAUCCUCGUGACCCAAGGGACAUGCAUGACCAACGAAAUAUGCGUGACCCAAGGGAUUUCCCCCCAGAAUAUCGAGGAGGCCCCCCUCCUGGCAACAAUUACAGACCAGAUGGAACACUAGAGCGUGAUCGGAGAUCUGAGGAAAGUUAUGAAAGACGUCAAAAUGAAUCUUUUGAAAGGCGACAUAACGAUUCUUUUGAUAGUAGGAGAAACAACGAUUCAUUUGAACGACGAAAUAAUGACUCAUUUGAUCGGGAUGGUUAUCGUGACCGACCACCUCAAAAUAUGCCACAUCCCAUUGCCAAAUACAAUCAAAUGCCAGCAAAUGGUGGUCACAGCCCCUCAGCUUAUCCCCAGGAUGACUACAGGCACAAUCAGAUGCCCAAUGGAAAUUCUAUGCAUCCUCAGGGCGGCCCCCAGCGACAUCAUCCAUCACAACAACAACACCCUGAUAUGCCCUAUGGUGCACAGAAGUCUCCAGCUGGACUACAGUAUGAACGGUCGUCACCUAUGAAAGGCGGACCACCUACUCCAAACAAACCUUCCAACCUGCAGCCAGGUGCACAGCCUCACUACCCAUCAUCUCAGCCACCACAAAAAUCACCAGGAAAAAUCCCCCCCUCAAACAAAAACAACCAGCCCCCACCAGGCUCCGUGCCAGAGCAGCAGAGAUUGUCACAUGACCAGUUCAGAGCUGCCCUACAAAUGGUGGUCAGCCGAGGUGACCCCAGAAAUGACCUUGACAACUUCCUCAAAAUUGGGGAGGGAUCAACAGGAAUUGUAUGUAUAGCAACACAACGCAUCGAUGGUCAGAAAGUUGCAGUCAAGAAAAUGGAUCUGCGCAAACAGCAACGAAGAGAGCUUCUUUUCAAUGAGGUUGUUAUCAUGAGAGAUUAUCACCAUCCCAACAUAGUGGAUAUGUACAACAGCUUUCUUGUUGGUGAUGAGUUAUGGGUGGUGAUGGAAUUUCUUGAAGGUGGAGCUCUCACUGAUAUUGUUACUCAUAACAGAAUGGAUGAAGUGCAGAUAGCAACAGUGUGUAGAGCUUGCCUGAAGGCUCUGGCAUUCUUACACUCUAAUGGAGUCAUUCACAGGGAUAUCAAAUCUGAUUCCAUCUUACUGUCCCAGGAUGGUAAGGUAAAAUUAUCUGACUUUGGAUUCUGUGCACAAGUGACUCAGGAAUUACCUAAACGCAAAUCUUUGGUUGGAACGCCAUACUGGAUGGCACCAGAGGUCAUAUCAAGAUUACCCUAUGGUCCAGAGGUCGACAUUUGGUCCCUCGGUAUAAUGGUUAUUGAAAUGAUUGAUGGGGAACCUCCUUUCUUCAAUGAGCCACCACUCCAAGCCAUGAGGAGAAUCAGGGACAUGCCCCCACCUAAAUUAAAGAAUCCACACAGAGUAUCGCAUCGAUUGCAAGGAUUCCUAGAAAAGACUUUGGUACGCGACCCUUCCCAAAGGGCAAAUGCAUUUGAACUGUUACAGCAUCAGUUUCUACGAAUGGCAGAGAAGCCAAGCUGCUUGGUGCCCCUCAUGAGGAGUUUCAAACAUAGUCCGUGUUAGCCUUCAUCUGUCCCGUAUUACAUCUAUACUCAUCAUUGUGUUAAUUUCAGUCAGCCAAGGUCACCACAGAUAAGCCAGCUUAUGAAAUUUACAUUCAGUAAGGAUUUCAAAUUGUUGACAUUUUAAAGAAUAUCACAAAAAAAAGUCAAAAGUUCCCUGAAAGUUGUAAAGGAAGCAUUUAUGUGUAUUUAUUUGACAUUUUUAAGUGCAAAUGUGAAUGUUUAACUGGGGAAAAUGAAGGACACCUGCCAGAAAAAAGAAAUGAAGAGAACAACAGAAACCAUUUGCUGAUGUUUCAACUGGUUGUAAAUUGUUACUGUUUAUAUAUCAUGGUUGUUGUAAUAUUUUUAUGAUAUUGAAUCUUGUAGUUAUUUGGAAAGCAGCAGGCUGUGACGAGGAUUACAUAUCAGGGAUAUAGUUAAGAACAGUGAAUUAAACUUAUCAAUAUUUUAACACCUUUAUACAUCAAAUAAAAAUCACAUGCAUGUGUCAUAAAAUGUUGUUGAUCAUACUAAUAAAGCUGAAAGAUGACUGAACAUGGAACAAAAUUGCUGUUUGGACACUAAUUCUCUAGUGUUAUGAAGUGUUACAUUGGAAUUUUAAUCAUUUACAGUCAUACGCAUUUCAUCAUUUCAUAACAUGUACAUUAUGUAUUGAUGUCAGAAAUAAGGAUCUGCAUGAGACAUUUUGUCAUGAACAUCCCCACAGUAUGCAGUGAUGGUUUUCUGCAAAGCUCAUCAUCUGUGGUAUCUGUGGAUCCAUGUAGUUCACUUAUUUAUGAACCUGCACAAUUUAGCACAGACUGAAGAAAGGAGAACUACGGUGUUCAUGAAACCAUUAACCUGUGCAUUUUGUAAAGGAUAAAGUGAACUGUGAAGUUCAUCGUCUCAUAUAUUUCCAUAUUUUGUGAAGAAGAGGUUAAUUCAUCAUUAAGAAACCUGUACAUUUAAUAUAGGACAUAGAGUUGUGGAGUUCAUCAGCUCAUAAACCUGUAAUAUGUGACUGUUUGCAAGAUAAAGAAAAGUAAACUUGUGCACAUCAGCCCAUAAACCUGUACAUUGUGUGUUAUGUUCAAUCUCAUAAACAUUGAUAUAGCUGAAGCUUUGUUAGUCACAUGUUCAUAUUCAGACAGAGGCAGCUGGCUUGUAUUAUAUUGUCAUGAUACUUGGACAGGAAAUGUAAUUGUUCCGACUUUUGUAAAAUGUGACAUAUUUUCCAUUUCAUUUCAUGCAAAGACAAAUUAUAGCUUAUAUGAUAAAAGAACCUAUGUUUAGGCAGGAUAAGUACCAGUUUUGGAAUAUGCAUGUACCAUGAUUAAAGUUUAAGGCUUCUUUGUUAACAUACCAGCCCCAGAAUGAAUCUCCAGACUUGACCAUAUCAUUGGGAUAAAAUCUAUAUUGAAAUCUUAAGUUAUAAAGAUGAACUUGUUUUUAAAAGUACUCUAUUAUUUAUGACUUUCAUAUAUCAAAGGAACUGUUAUCAGCUUGAAAAAUUAAAUGAUUAUUCGACAUCUAGAAAUGUACACAGUAAAGGAUAUAUUUCAAACCUCUCAUUCCAUACACCACUCAUUGAUUAGGUGUGUACAGUUUAAACAUCAUAUCAAUCAUUUAUCAGACACUGUUGUUUACCAGUCCUGUGUUGUAUACAUAGAAAUCAUUGUUUUAUAUGAUUAUGUGCAUUUACACUGUUUUAUCUUUACACUCGGUUGUUUCUGUGUUUGUGAACGUUAUCCUUUCAUAUCAGCUUAUAUACCUAUAUAUAUUUAUGUAUAAUAUAUUCUUUGUUGCCAUUAUACUGUAAACAACAAACAUAAGUAAGGAAAAUCGUCAUUGGUUGUUUUCUUGUUUUCAAAAGCACAUAUCGUGGUAAAGUGAGAUGUGAUUUGUUGAAAUUUACAAGGGAAUGGGGAAACUCGUCCAUUGAUGGAAAUGCUUUGGUCUUUAAAGAUACGAGAUCAUUUCUACAAAAAUCAAAGGGUUAUUUUUACCUGUAAGUUUUAUAGGGAAUUUAAUAUCAUUUUUUCCUCUUUUUGCGUUUUUCUGUAUACAAGAAGCCAGUAAAGGGAAGUAACACAUCUUUUCGACAGUGCUGCAGGAAGUGUUAAUUCCCAACAGUCAUAUUUUGUACAUCACUUUCUACCAUCGCCUAAAUAAUGUUAGUGUUGUAAAAAUGUAAAUUAAACUGUACAUAGUAGUUGAGUAGCAUAGUGUAUAUAACUAUUAUUUCGGUUGGUGUGCUUGAAGAGCACAUCCAAUAUUGAAGAGACAAGUAUAAUAUAUAUAGCCUACUAUAUUAAAAUUACAUAUACUAUUAAUGUUUACAAAAUACAUCAUCUAUCAUUAUUUUGUAAUUACUUGUUUUUCUUAUGUGUUUAUGUUACGUCUUUGUUUUGUAAGGUAAUGCCGUAUAAAAUAUAGCUGUAAAAAGAACAAUCGGAGUCUAGCUUGUUUUAAGAUGUCGAUGUUCAUUAAACAUCGAGUCUGUUAGUAAAACAAGAAAAAAAGCACCAUCAAGAUUGUUUCAUACGUUCAUGUUUCUUGUAAAUACCAAUUAGUCAUGCAUUUGUUAUGGCAUCAUUACUUGUGUCUGCUUUGUCAAUUUUACCUCACUCUGACUGAUCAUGUAAACUAAUAUGUCUUUAAUACAAGUUUUAGAUUGUCAUUAACAAAUUCAAAAAUGAUACAGCUCCUGUCUGUGAUACUGAAAACAGAAACCCUAUCACACUAAAAUAUAAAACACUGUCGAUAUUCCAUAUUUUAUUUGAUUCUCUUUAUAGAACUAAUAUUUGGGUUCUCUUUUUUUUUUUUUUUUUUUAAAGAUGCAUCACCGAAAGUGAUCAGAGCACUGAAAAGGUUCAAGGUUUAAUAUAAAAAAUCAAGCACAUGUGCAAGUUAAAACUUAUUUUUUUCCAUUUUUAAUGUUGUCAGAGAUUAACUUGUUAAAAGUAUAAGUGCUAUUUAUGAAGAAUCAUUACUACAUAGCAAGGAAGUUACAGAAAAAGCAUGUUAUAUAACUACAAAAGAAAUGGAAUACUUAUCUUACUUUUACAAAGAUAAAGGAUAUAUUGCAUGUAUUACAAAAAGGAAUUCCAUACAUAUUAGCACAUAUAUAGGAUCUUAAAUGAGUUUUCAUUUCAUGUGAGAUUUUAUGAAACAAGUCUUUGAAUUUUUAUUUUUUGUGACCCUAGGUGAAAAAAAACCUGAACUUCAAGACAAGUCUAGCAAGUCUUUGUGAGCAAAAAUUAAAACUUCAAGAUGAGUCUCAUAAAAUCUCAGAUUGAAUAAAAAGAAGGUUUUUUUUACCACAUAACUCUGAAAAGUUAACAUUUUGAAAAGUUUACAAGUAAAGAUGAUUGAAGACAAUAGCAAACUGAAGCAACUUUUGUUGUCAUUUUCAAUUUAUGAUGGAAUGUCACUGUCCAUACUAUCAGUGGAUAAAAGGCUAGUUAUGUGAUAAAAAGGAAUAUAUUAAUGGGAAUUACGGAAUAAUAUUAUAAUGGUCAGCAAUAUUUUGGAAAAAAGAGCAUGCAUUAUUUUUAUAUUAACUCUUGAGAUCACAGAUUGUAUUUACUUGUGUGGUAAAUGCAUGCAGAUAUUUAUCCACAGAAUUACGGUUAAGAACACAUUGGUUACCGUAAAUUCAGAUAAUGUAUUUAUCUAUAAUUAAUUAUAUAGUCAACAUUCCAUUUUGUGUAUAAGAAGUUAAUACCAUUAUGUGUCAGAGUAAAUGGAUUAUCGGAUAAAACUUACAUGCUGAAAAACCCAAGGGUUGAAUAUUUUUUUAACACAAUAGAUCUACCACUAUUUAUUGUUCAAAGAAUUUGAAAACAAGAGACUAUAUUGUUGAAGAUUUAGAGUAUAUUUCUUAUUGUAUUACAUUCCAUGGAAAAAAAAGCACCCAACAAAUUCAUGUUGAGGGUAAUGAUCAUUGUUGCUGUGUCAGAAAAUACCAGUAAGUGUACUUUUAUUAUGUAUAGCCAGUCGGAACAAAGAUUCCAUUAGCCAAAGGGAGAUAAAAGAAUCGCUAACCAAUUUCGUGUCUGAAAUAUGAUUCUCUCAACAAUACUGUCUUGGCUAGAUUUUCUUCCAAAUCUUGUUUUUAUGUGAUCCUUUCACAUGUCAGGAUUAACGAAAGUAUUUAAUCUGAUCCUGAAAAGGAGCAAUACUCUAACACCAACGUUGAAAAUUGGUAAACAUUUGUCAUACUUAAACCGAUGUCAUUUAAAUGAGAGACGGCCAUUUCAUUUUGUUUCUUUUAUAAUGUACUUUGAAAGAACCUACAAAAAACUCCAAGAGGCAACAUCCCAUAAGUUCAUUUCUAUGUGGUAGUUUCUUCGAGUUUUUGCUUGCAUUUUCCCUUCAGAGUUUCUUGACUGCAUAUUUUUCCUUAUUUUUAUCAACAUUGGCUUUCACUUCUGUUGUAAUAUCAUAAACAUCCAUUUUCAUUUUUUAAUAUUUUCUGUGUAGAAAUGACCAUAUGUUUUGUUUCUAGGACAUGAUGUGAAUUCUAUUUUUUCAAUUUGCUACUUUUCUAUUCAGAGUUGGUUUUGUUAAAUUCAUUUUUUCUUUCAAAAUUACAGAAUGAUGGAUACAUCUAGUCUACAGCAUUAGCAAAUUUUAGAGAAAACAAGUUGCUGAUAAAACAGGAGUUUUAUUGGCGGCUGUUUGAUUUGCAUGAAAAGAACAAGUCUGACCAAAAGGACCUGCCGUGUUGUACUUACGUUGAACAAAUUAUAUUUAGAUUUGCCCACUUUGAUCAUUCAGAUAUAUAAAGGGCAGACCAUACCUCUCUGUAGAUGACGUCUGCUUCUCUUGUUGUAGUGCGGUGAUGUCCUUCUUCAGCUGUUUAAUCUUAUCUGCUCUCCAGUUCACAUGGAAUCAAGGUGGUAACAUCAACAGGACAGGUGUUUUUGGUCAGACUAUACAUUCUUAUUCAGUGAUAAUAGUUCUUAAAGAUUGUUAUAAGUACAGAUUCUGAUGAUAUUUACACAUAGGUACUACAAGCUGGCUGUUUUUUGCUUGUUUAUUUUCAGAAGAUAAACUUUGUAAUAUAUUGUAAAUGUUUUUGUAAUAUAAAACUUUAAACUUGAUGCAAUUUUUUUUAAAAAAUAAUAGUACUACAUAUACACAUUUGUAUUAUCAACUGAUUAUAUACGAGAUGGGAAUGGAUUAAUGAUAUCAUUAAUAAACUACAAUUUUAUAU